AGGGUAGAUAUGGUGAAAAUGACAAACGAAAACAACCUGCAGGUGACGUUCUCUAAACGUCGUGUAGGUUUGUUCAAAAAAGCAAGCGAACUCUGUACCCUAACAGGCUCAGAGUUUGCUAUUGUGGUCUUUUCUCCCGGGAGCAAAGUUUACUCUUUUGGCUCCCCAAGUGUGAGUCAUAUCUUAGAAAAGUAUGAGACUCAAGCGUCUCAUUUCGUUGGUCCUGAUGGCUCAAUCGACGAGGCAAACCAUGCAUUCUGUAGGGCUAACAAGAUUACCCUCAAUGAAGAACUGGGAGUACUGGAAGAUUACUUGGACGCCGUGAAGAAAAGGACCAGUGAAUUUGCAGAGGCAGUGAGAGCCGAUGAGAAUCGAGCUCAGUGUGGAACAGCUCGAGCGCUGAAAAUUGCUUAUGAGGAGUUGGACAAAAGAGUUCAGAUUCAGGCACAAAAAGGAUUGCCUCCAAAUGCCAAUUUAUUUCCAAAUUUCACCAUCCCAAAGCCAAAUAAUCGUCAUAAUGAUCCUUUAGGUUAUGGACCCCAUCCACCACCAUCACUAACUCAAAACAUUCAUUAUCUAACUAUGCCAUCAGGUUCAAAUUUUGCGGGUCUAAUACUUUCAAAUGACAGCAUAUCAGUUAAGAAUGUACCCUCGUUUGCUGCUAAUCAGGGACCAUCUGGGUCUCGAGCUGAUCGAUGA